AUGGGAAGGGGAGCCUUGAGAAGAUCUAGUAACGCUCAACAGGCCGAAGCAUGGGCAAUGUUGGAGGCUAUGCAACUGGCAGAUUCAAAUGGUUGGUCUCAUGUGAUUUUUGAAUCUGAUAAUCUGGGAAUUUGUUCUUUUCUUCAACAACAAUCUUCUCUUUGUCACUGGCAGAGUAUGCCUCUUCUGCGAAAAUGUGUAAACAUAUGUAAUAUUAAUCCUGGUUGGUCUUGUAGUUUUGUGUAUAGGUCUGGUAAUAAAGCUGCAGAUGCAAUAGCGAAGGCAGCUUAUAAGCAUAAUCUAUGUGGGGAUUGGUGGUUUCAUCCACCUCCUUUGUUAAUUCCCUACAUAAAUUGUGAUGUAUCAAUUACUCAUGUUUAA